AAAAGCGAAGGACAGUUCACCCGGAACAGAAUGUGUUAAAGAUGGCGGAAUGUGAGUCCAGUGCAGAAUCUGCGCAACCCAGCGCCGAGCCGGACUCUCUGAAGCUGUCCGAGCUGUUCGAGCGCAGCUGGAGAGCGCUAGACGAGCUCGACAGCACGCAAGAGCCGCUGGCUAGUCACGCUGUCCAGGAGCGAGUGCAGCGGGCCAUCCGCGGCCUGGAGAGCGCCUCCAGGAGGGUGGCGCAGCUCGAGCUCUUCAGCCGUAAUGAGGAGCUGGAGGAGGUGUGCACCUCCGAGCUCAAGUACCUGCUGCUGCCUGCACUUCUGGGGGGGCUCACCCUGAAACAGACGAGCCGGGAGCGCCGCUUGGAGAUACUACAGACUGCUAGAGCUUAUUUUGUGGACUAUCUGCAGAGGUGCAAAAACUACGACGUAUCUCAGUUCAACAUGCCCAGGUCAUGUGUAGAGGCUGAAGCGGAGAGCGCACAUCCCACUGCUGCGCCGGGACUGGGUCAGCCUAACCUUGUGGCCAUGGCAGCACAUAGACAGGCCAAGAUUGAGCGCUAUCGUCAGAAAAAGGAAGUGGAGACUCAGCUGGAGGCAGUGAAGAGGGCUGUGGAUGGCGGGCAGGCAGAUGAGGAAACCAGCCGCCGCUUCUACCUGCUUCAUCUGCGUAGAUGGAUCAGCCUGAGUCUGGAGGAGGUGGAGAGCAUUGACCAGGAGCUCCCCAUCCUCAAGAACAUGGGCACCCUGAAGAACACACCCCGGCCCCCACCCCAGCCCAGCAGACCACCCAUGAAGCCCUUUAUCCUUACCAAAGAUGCAGUCCAGGCGCAGGUGUUUGGGGCGGGCUACCCUAGUCUGCCCACCAUGACAGUAGACGAGUGGUACUCGCAGCACCAGAGACACGGUGUCCUCCCUGACCAGGGCAUCCCGCGCAGAGUGGCUGUGGAGGAGGACAGGGACGCAGCAGAGGUUCAAGAGGAGGAGAAGGAGAGGCAGGCCGAAACAGAUGACCCAGACAGUCUGCACAAAGCCCGCAGCUGGGACGAUUAUAAAGACACUCACCGAAGAGGCUACGGCAACCGCCACAACAUGGGCUGAACAAAGAAAAAAAUCUGAACAAAACCAUGCAUUCAUGUAUUUCCUGAGGUCAUUUUAUUAAAGGUUUGACAAAAUGUU